AUGGCGCGGCACCCGCAGUUGCUGUGGUCCGUCGCGUUUGCGCCAGAGGGUUGGCACGUGGCCGCCUGCCACGGCGCAGUGGGGCAGUCGCCCUCGGUGGUGGUCUACGAGGUCUCCACCGGCCGGCGGCUGCGACGCUUGGGGCGGCACAAGGACACCCCGCUGGCCUUGGCUUUCUCACCGAACGGCGAGUUCUUGGUGCCUUGGCCGCCUUGGUCGCCCAAACCGCCUUGGUCGACCACCAUUGUGCCGCGCGGUGGCCGCGCUUCCGAGGUCUCGGGCGGCAUGGACCAGACGCUCCUCGUCUACGAGGCCAAGGCCACGGGCGACGACCUCCCCGGGGGCGACGCCGACGAUGCAGAGGAGCGCCGCUUGGCGUGA